AUGACAACCAGACCCAAACCCCGCCGCGGAAGCCGUCAAUCGACAAGUCCAUACACACACGAACCAAAACCUCAGCAAGAACGCGAAGAUGGCAACCUGCCUCAAUACAACUCCAAUGGCCAUGCUGUUACUCGAGGCAUUCAACCUAACGGCGAAAGUGGCAGACGUGGCUUUCAUCCCGUCCACUUCUUCACAGUGUGUUGGGCUAGUUCGUGUACCGCUUCCAAGCCCGAGGAACGUCUCUGGAUCUUUAUCCUGUCUUAUGUUGCCAUGGUCCCCUCAGCAAACUUGAUAGGCUUCGCGGGACAAGAACUGGCCAGGAAGCUUCCAACUGUUCUCGGUGUUGUCCUCGAAACCACAUUAGGAUCACUAGUUGAGAUGAUUCUCUUCAUUGUGCUUCUGGUAAACCAAGGAGCGAAUGGCGUUCCCGUCGUUCAAGCUGCUAUUCUUGGUAGUAUUUUAGCAAACUUGCUGCUCUGCAUGGGACUCUGCUUCUUCUUCGGAGGCUUGCGCCGCCAUGAACAGAACUUUCACGACGUCGUUAGCGACACCGGAAGCAAUCUGAUGCUGGUUGCUGGCAUGGCCCUUGUCAUCCCGGUCACUUACUCCAACGCUCUUAGGGGUCGCGAGAACCUCACCACUGAGCAGCUCGAGAUGGAGGUCGUCAAGAUUUCCCGCGCCACUGCUAUCGUGCUCGUUCUGGCAUUCAUGGUUUAUACCUUCUUCCAGAUGAAGUCGCAUCACGGGUUCUUCGAUGAGAUACUUGAACAAGACGAACAGAAUGACGCUGACCGUCACCGUGAUCUGGCCAAGCCGAAGUUGACUCUUAUCGAGUCCAUCAUCGCUCUUGCUAUCGCCAUCACUUUCGUCUCAAUGAUGGCUGUUUUCCUCGUUCAGAAUAUCGAAUACAUGAAGAACAACCGUGGCCUAUCAGACGCCUUCCUCGGCCUCAUUUUGGUUCCUCUGGUCGAAAAGGCCGCCGAACACAUUACUGCGAUUGAUGAAGCAUGGGACAACCAGAUGAAUUUUGCUCUGUCACAUAUCCUGGGUGCAUCUAUUCAGACUGCUUUGCUCAACACUCCCCUUGCCGUGAUCGUAGGCUGGGGACUGGGAAUUCAUAUGUCUAUGAAUUUUGAGAUGUUCGACGCGGUCGUCCUCAUCCUAGCUAUCCUGGUAGUUGGCCAAUUCUUGCGGGACGGCAAGUCCAACUAUCUCGAAGGAGCACUGUGCUUCUUCGUGUAUGUGCUUAUCGCCGUUGCUGCCUUCUAUUACCCCAACCCAGUCGAGGGUCAUGAGACUGCUGGCAGUAGUGCGUCUGAAUGA